AUGAAACUGUUGUGUGUGAAGUGGUCACUACAAAUCGAAUCCCAUCUUGACGGUCCUUUCCAAUACGCACGUGUUCGGUUUAAGAACUGCUUCCGUGCAGACAAUGUCGGAGGUCCAGACACUGUUACAUUCAAUCUGUCAUUACCUGGGUCUGUAACAGAAGAACAGAGUCUGACUGUGACGUGUGCUGCUAGUUGUAAUCCCACAUGUGACUAUUCCUGGACCCUGGGAAAUCAGCUGAUCUCAUCAACCUCUCGGUUAUCACUGACAAACAUCAACAGGAGUCAGACAGGGAAUGUGUACACGUGUAAUGUGACCAACUCUCUUAUACCGAAAUCUAAAACUAAACAGUUCACACUGACAGUAUACUAUGGUCCAGACAGUGUCCAGCUGAACUCGAGCUCUCCACUGAUAAUCCAGGAAGAUGACGAUCUAGUUGUGUCAUGUGAAGCAACUAAUUGUUCUCCAUCCUGUUCUUUCACGUGGAGGUUUAAAUCGGAGAUGAAAUCAACCAGUGCCGUGCUGUCCUUAAAGAACAUACAGAGGUCAUCAGCUGGUGACUACACGUGUACUGCUAGAAACAAAAACACUCAGAAAUCAUUAGACGAGACCAUUACUCUGGAUGUGCAAUGUGAGUAA